AUGUUAGCUGGAUUUAGAGUAGGCAGAGAGCUUUUUCCGAAGACUUUGUCUUCAAUGGCUGGAAAUAGGGUAUCCGUAAUGCCUGGAAGGGCCCGGUCAUUGAGCGACGCCAGAUCUCCUACUGGAAUUGUGUUCAUGAAUAUGGGGGGGCCCUCUACGAUUGCUGAGACUUACGACUUCUUGUUUGAACUCUUCUCAGACAACGACUUGAUUCCAAUCAGCAAGAAUUAUCAGCGUUCAAUUGCGAAGUGGAUUGCAAAGUUCCGCAGUCCCAAGAUUGAGAAACAAUAUGAGGAGAUAGGCGGUGGCUCUCCGAUCCGCAAAUGGUCAGAAUAUCAGGCCAAGAGAGUUUGCGAGAUCUUGGACGAAACCUGCCCGGAAACCGCGCCUCAUAAACCAUACGUGGCCUUUCGUUACGCCAAGCCAUUGACCCACGCAGCUUACGAGCAGCUACUGAAAGACGGUGUCAGAAGAGCUGUUGCCUUCACUCAAUAUCCGCAGUUCUCAUACUCAACCACAGGUUCGUCUCUGAAUGAACUGUGGAGAAAAAUAAAGGAAUUGGAUCCGGAGAGGAAGAUCAGUUGGUCAACCAUCGACCGUUGGCCUACCAACGAUGGUUUAACUAGUGGGUUUGCUGAGAAUAUCCAGAAAAAGCUGCUAGAGUUUCCUAGUGAAGUGAGAAAUAAUGUAACUCUGCUAUUCUCUGCCCAUUCCUUACCUAUGGAUGUGAUUAACACCGGUGACGCUUAUCCAGCGGAAGUGGCUGCAACUGUAAACAAAGUCAUGCAAAAGCUGGGAUUUAGCAAUCCGUAUAGAUUAGUUUGGCAAUCACAGGUUGGCCCUAAGCCAUGGUUGGGCGCGCAAACAGCAAAGAUAGCUGAGUUUUUAGCUCCAGAGACUGAUGGGCUUCUUUUGAUCCCAAUUGCCUUUACAUCAGACCACAUUGAAACUUUGUUCGAGAUUGACCAAGAACUCAUUGCCGAAUCACCUUACAAGGACAGAAUGAAAAGGUGUGAGUCUCUAAAUGGUAAUGAAACCUUUAUAAACGGCAUGGCGCAAUUAGUCGAACAGCAUCUGAAGUCAGGUGAGUUAUACUCCAAGCAGUUGCCUUUGGACUUUACGCUGGGCAAAUCCAAUGACCCAAUCAAGGAUCUAUCUCUUGUGUUUGGGGAUCACUCUAAGAAAUAA